CCACAUCACAGCCACACAUGUGGCAAAACUAUGGCCAAGUGGCUCCAUGAAGACUUCACUCCUUAGUUCUACGUUGCAUGCUUUUACAUCAUUGUAUGCACAUUCUUACUGACCGUUUCCUUGGCCGUUAAUUUUGCAUUUUAUAGUGCAAACAAAGCCGUCGCAGUUUGCUCUCACAUUUAACCAAAUUGUAUAGAAAAGAAAAUCGAGAAACACAAAGGAAAGGUUGUCUUCUGUUUCUUGAGGUGCUGAUUCCUGACCUAGCUAGCCAUAAUUAAUAAUGGCAAUAUAUAGAAUUGCAAUUGGAUCCCCUGGAGAGGCUGGCCAACCUGAUGCAAUUAGAGCAGCCUUUGCAGAAUUUUUCUCCAUGAUCAUUUUUGUUUUUGCCGGGGAAGGAUCUGGCAUGGCUUACAGCAAACUUACCAACAAUGGACCUGCAACACCAGGUGGUCUCAUAGCUGCAUCACUAUCUCAUGCAUUUGGGCUUUUUGUGGCUGUUUCUGUUGGGGCAAACAUUUCUGGUGGUCAUGUGAACCCUGCAGUCACAUUUGGUGCUUUCCUAGGUGGAAACAUAACCCUUUUGAGAAGUAUUUUGUAUUGGAUUGCACAGUUGCUUGGUUCAGUUGUUGCAUGCAUUCUUCUCAAGACUGCUACCGGUGGAAUGGAAACAUCAGGCUUUUCUAUAUCCCCUGGUGUUUCUGUAUGGAAUGCAUUGGUUUUUGAAAUUGUGAUGACAUUUGGAUUGGUGUAUACAGUUUAUGCCACAGCAGUAGACCCAAAGAGAGGGAAUGUGGGGGUUAUUGCCCCAAUUGCAAUUGGUUUCAUUGUGGGUGCCAAUAUCUUAGUUGGUGGUGCUUUUGAUGGUGCAUCCAUGAACCCAGCUGUGUCCUUUGGCCCUGCUGUGGUUACCUGGUCUUGGACUCAUCACUGGGUCUAUUGGGUUGGUCCAUUCAUUGGUGCAGCAAUUGCUGCAAUUAUCUAUGAUAAUAUCUUCAUUGGUGAUGAUGGCCAUGAACCUCUUUCAAGCAGUGAUUUCUAGAUUAGUCAUUAAUGUGCGCUUGUCAUAUUCAAGAGUGAAUAAAUUAUUCAUGGUUUCAGCUCCUUUAGAGAUGGUUAAGGAUUCUGAGUACUCUACAAUUUUUUUUUUGUAGGAACUAAGAUUUCUUUGAUGUAAGGAAUUUCUAGAUGUAAUCUUUACUUGUUAAACCAAAGAAUAUGAACUUUAUAUUGAGUAAGUAGUUUUUCCUUUUUAAUUUUC